AUGGUAUUUGCCCGUGUUGCUGCGCGUUCCUUAUCGCGCCCUGCGUCAUCUCUCGUUUCUUCCCCGCAUCUUGCUCGCCGUUCUAUUCCCGCAUUUCAGACCUCAACAAUUGCCAAACGCACACUGACGGCAAGUGCCUCACGUCAGGGCAAAGUCCUCCUCGUCCUCUAUGACGGCCAUGAACAUGCCAAACAACAGCCCGCCCUCCUCGGCACUACCGAGAACGAGCUAGGUAUCAGGAAGUGGCUUGAGGACCAGGGACACACGCUAGUUACCACCUCAGACAAGGAGGGUGAGAACUCGACCUUCGAUAAGGAACUGGUUGAUGCUGAAGUCAUCAUCACCACGCCUUUCCACCCUGGUUACCUCACCGCCGAACGCCUGGCCAAGGCUAAGAAACUGAAGAUUGCCGUCACUGCCGGUAUUGGUUCUGACCACGUUGACUUGAACGCCGCCAACAAGACCAAUGGCGGCAUCACUGUUGCCGAAGUCACUGGCAGCAACGUCGUCUCUGUUGCCGAGCACGUCGUCAUGACCAUCCUGACCCUCGUCCGCAACUUCGUCCCAGCCCAUGAGCAAAUCCAGUCAGGCGACUGGAACGUUGCGGCCGUCGCCAAGAACGAGUACGAUCUUGAGGGCAAGGUCGUCGGCACCGUCGCCGUUGGUCGUAUCGGCGAGCGUGUGCUCCGCCGCCUGAAGCCAUUCGACUGCAAGGAACUCUUGUACUUUGACUAUCAGCCUCUCAGCGCCGAGAAGGAGAAGGAAAUCGGCUGCAGACGUGUUGAAGAUCUCGAGGAGAUGUUGGGUCAGUGUGACGUCGUCACUAUUAACUGCCCUCUCCACGAGAAGACCCGGGGCCUGUUCAACAAGGAGUUGAUCUCCAAGAUGAAGAAGGGUUCAUGGCUGGUCAACACCGCCCGUGGUGCCAUCGUCGUCAAGGAAGAUGUCGCUGAAGCUCUCAAGUCCGGUCACCUCAAUGGCUACGGUGGUGAUGUCUGGUUCCCUCAACCCGCUCCCAAGGACCAUCCCCUCCGAUAUGCCAAGAACCCAUGGGGUGGUGGCAACUGCAUGGUUCCUCACAUGUCUGGUACCUCGAUCGAUGCUCAAAAGCGUUAUGCAGCUGGUACCAAGGCUAUCCUCGAGAGCUACUUCUCCGGUCGCCACGACUACAAACCAGAGGAUCUCAUCGUCCACAAUGGUGACUACGCUACCAAGGCUUACGGCCAGAGGACCAAGUAA